GGCACCAGCUUUCUCAUCUGGGACGUGGGCGGGCAAGAGAAAAUACGCCCACUCUGGAAGUCCUACACCCGCUGUACUGAUGGCAUCGUCUUUGUGGUGGAUUCUGUAGAUUUUGAGAGAGACUAGAGGAGGCAAGAUGUGAACUGUACAAGACGGCAGCACCUGAGAAUGC